AUGGGUGCGCCACCCAAAACCGCUCAGAACUUGUCCUUUGUCCUCGAAGGGAUUCAUAAGGUCAAAUUUGAGGACCGACCAAUCCCUCAACUGAGAGAUGCUCAUGACGUUCUCGUGGAUGUCAGGUUUACCGGUAUUUGCGGUAGUGACGUUCACUAUUGGGAACAUGGCUCAAUUGGUCAAUUUGUCGUCAAAGAUCCUAUGGUACUAGGUCAUGAAUCUUCUGGCGUAAUCAGCAAGGUCGGCUCGGCUGUUACAACAUUAAAGGUGGGGGAUCAUGUUGCCAUGGAGCCUGGUAUACCGUGUCGCCGGUGUGAGCCCUGUAAAGAAGGGAAGUAUAACCUCUGCGAAAAAAUGGCCUUCGCCGCAACGCCACCUUACGACGGUACGCUAGCCAAGUAUUAUGUCCUGCCCGAGGACUUCUGCUACAAGCUUCCUGAAAACAUCAAUCUUCAGGAAGCUGCUGUGAUGGAGCCUCUCAGCGUCGCUGUGCAUAUUGUAAAGCAAGCAAAUGUAGCGCCAGGACAAUCUGUGGUAGUCUUCGGUGCCGGGCCGGUGGGGUUAUUGUGCUGCGCGGUGGCUAGGGCUUUUGGCUCCCCGAAGGUCAUCGCCGUGGACAUCCAAAAAGGAAGGCUGGAAUUUGCGAAGAAAUAUGCCGCAACAGCAAUCUUCGAACCUAGCAAGGUUUCUGCGUUGGAAAAUGCAGAACGAAUUGUUAAUGAAAAUGAUCUCGGCCGUGGAGCGGAUAUCGUUAUUGACGCAUCAGGUGCUGAGCCUUCAGUUCAUACGGGCAUACAUGUCCUUCGUCCUGGUGGCACUUACGUGCAAGGUGGUAUGGGAAGGAAUGAAAUCACCUUUCCCAUCAUGGCGGCUUGCACGAAAGAGUUGAAUGUCAGGGGCAGUUUCCGUUACGGCAGUGGUGAUUAUAAGCUUGCGGUUAACCUAGUAGCUUCAGGCAAGGUUAGCGUAAAGGAACUAAUCACCGGAGUCGUCAGUUUUGAAGACGCGGAACAAGCGUUCCAUGAAGUCAAAGCUGGGAAGGGUAUCAAGACACUUAUUGCUGGUGUUGAUGUAUGA